CUGUACGCCGUCUGCCCCGAGGACUCGCUCGACAAGACUCGCUCGAGGGUAAGACGCGCGUCCACUACGAGCGGUUGCCGAUCAAAGUGGAGCCCAUUGACUAGCGGCGGAGGAGAGGAAACCCUCGCUUCUGUGGAGGCGUAUUUCGCGGAGAGAAGCUACGCGGGGGAGAUGUGGGAGAGGUGCGGGAAGAGAGGGUAUUGGGUGUACGGUGAGGAAGAGGCGAGGGGUUAUGUGAGGAGGAAAGAUCGACCCCUGAAUCUGAGCUUUUUGGAGCAGAUUCAGUUGAUCGUGUCUUCUUCUUCCAGUUCUCCCGACGACGGCGAACUCUGA